AGUGAAGAAAGAAAACGAUAGACUCGGAGAGAAAAAAGACGAAGCACACACUUUUAUCCAUCUCUCUCUCUCUCUCUCUCUACACGUUUGGUGGAAGAAGAGCACAUGGGGACACGUGUAACGCAAUUCACUUACCUCCACGCGCCGUCGUCACACAUGGCGGAGGAGUUAGUGAACCAAUUCAUCUCCGCCGCGAUCUCAAAGUCGAGACAUUUGAAUCAUUUGAAGCAAGUUCAGUCCUUUUUGAUAGUUUCUGGACUAAGUCAUUCACAUUUCCUCUGUUUUAAGCUUCUUCGUUUUUGUACUCUUCGUCUCUGUAAUCUCUCUUACGCUCGCUUUAUCUUUGAUCGUUUCUCUUUCCCUAAUACUCAUUUAUACGCUGCCGUUUUAACUGGUUACUCUUCUUCUCUUCCUCUUCAUGCUUCCUCUGCUUUCUCAUUCUUUCGUCUCAUGGUUAAUCGUUCUUUUCCUCGGCCUAAUCACUUUAUCUACCCACUUGUUCUUAAGUCUACACCAUAUCUCUCCUCUGCUUUUUCAACUCCUUUGGUUCAUACCCAUUUGUUUAAAUCUGGGUUUCAUCUCUAUGUUGUUGUUCAAACUGCUCUGCUUCACUCUUACGCUUCCUCUGUUUCUCAUAUAACUCUUGCAAGACAACUGUUCGACGAAAUGUCUGAGAGAAAUGUUGUUUCUUGGACUGCUAUGCUUUCUGGGUAUGCUAGGUCUGGUGAUAUCUUUAAUGCUGUUGCUCUCUUUGAAGAAAUGCCUGAGCGUGAUGUUCCUUCUUGGAAUGCGAUUCUUGCUGCUUGUACUCAGAAUGGUCUUUUUGUUGAAGCGGUUUCUCUGUUUAGAAGGAUGAUUAAUGACCCUUGUAUUCGUCCUAAUGAGGUUACUUUAGUUUGUGUUCUCUCUGCUUGUGCUCAAACUGGUACGCUUCAGCUGGCUAAAGGGAUUCAUGCGUUUGCGUAUCGUCGUAAUCUUUCUUCUGAUGUGUUUGUUUCGAAUUCUUUGGUUGAUUUGUAUGGAAAAUGUGGUAACUUGGAGGAAGCAAGCUCUGUUUUUAAAAUGAGUUCAAAGAAAAGUUUAACAGCUUGGAAUUCUAUGAUCAAUUGCUUUGCACUCCAUGGUAGAAGUGAAGAAGCCAUAGCAGUGUUUGAGGACAUGAUGAAGUUGAAUAGUCACGAUAUCAAGCCAGAUCACAUUACUUUUAUCGGUCUUCUCAAUGCGUGUACUCAUGGGGGUUUGGUAUCAAAAGGCCGAGGUUAUUUCGAUCUGAUGAAAAAAAGAUUCGGUAUUGAGCCAAGGAUUGAGCACUAUGGCUGUCUAAUAGAUCUUCUAGGCAGGGCAGGUCAGUUCGAUGAAGCUUUGGAAACUAUGUCCACGAUGAAGAUGGAAGCGGAUGAAGCGAUUUGGGGCUCAUUGCUUAAUGCUUGUAAGAAAUAUGGCCAUUUGGAUUUGGCUGAAGUUGCUGUAAAAAAUCUUGUUGCUUUAAAUCCCAACAAUGGAGGUUAUGUGGCUAUGAUGGCAAAUUUAUAUGGAGAGAUGGGUAAUUGGGAAGAGGCACGCAGAGCUAGAAAGAUGAUCAAGCACCAAAAUGCUUAUAAACCACCAGGCUGGAGUCAGAUUGAGAUCGAUAACAAGGUUCAUCAGUUCUACUCUCUUGACAAAUCACAUCCGAAGACGGAGGAGAUAUAUAUGAUACUGGACAAUUUGAUAUCUUUCUGACACUUUUAUGUCCUAGUUUCUCUAUAUGACUUGACACAGCUGCUUCUGCUUUCUAACAGCGAGCUUCCUGCAUCGAUUUACACCGGAUAUAUGGCUUCAGAGAAACUGUGGAAGCUGGAAAUAUUUUUCAUUGAUCUCUCCACAGGUUACUGAUAACCAAAAGCUGGUACGGUAAUGUUAUGUACUCUUUUGUUGUACUGUAAGAAGAGAAACUAUUACGUGAUAUUGCAGAAACAAUAUGUUGCUUCUUAAGAACGUCCAUGGACAAUUAAACAUUCGAGAAGAGGAAGUCUCUUACGCCAAGCAUUGGUACUCGUUAGUUAUGACUUUAAGCUUUCUAACACUUCCUCAUGUAUCUUUAUUGGGAAUGAUCAAUAAACAAGGCACGCAAUAUAAAGACGUGUUACAGAAUUUAUUCGCGUAAA